AACUAGACAAAAACCACACAAAUGACAAAAAGAAGAGCAAAAUGGGCCCAUUAACUUCAUAUACAAAUAAUUUCCUUCCUCAACACAAUGGACCCAUAGUUGAGUGCAAAUUAGGCUCUUAAUUGAUCUCCUAUUUAUAACAUUUUACUUCCAAAAACCCCACUUCCAACAACAAUAACAGAGCAUCCCAUUUAAAACCCACAUCAAACAACCACAUUUCAUUUCUCUAUCUUCAAAAAUCCACAAAAUUAAAAAAAAAAAUUAUUUCUAAUAAAAGAAUGAGCUCAAUCUUAGAGCCAAGAACACCCAACAAAAAUGUCACAAUAAACACAAAAACCACCAUUUUUACAACUCCAAAAUGGUCUUCUUCUUUUUCUUCAAGAAGAACUCCUUCACUUUCUUCUUCUCCUUCAGUUUCAUCAAAUUCAUCUUCUUCUUUUAGAUCUUUCUCCCAUGAAGAAGAUGAUUCUCCACCUCCAACUCCAACACCUCCUCAAAGAAUCCCAUUUUCAUGGGAAUCGAUCCCAGGAAUCCCUAAACACCAAAUCAUCAAACGACUCGAUUCUUCGAGGAAAUCGAAUUAUCUUCCCCUGCCUCCUGCAGCAGCCCCUGUUUCAGGCACUACUAAAUCAAGUUACAAAAAACAUCACAUUAUUAGUAGGAAAGAUCCUUUCUUUGCUGCCCUAGUCGAGUGCUCGAAAGACGACUAUAACGACAACGACAACGACGACGACAAAGACGUGUAUCGCAGCAUUUGGAAAGAACCUGCCAAGAAUUUAAGUCAUAGAUUUGGGUUUGUGAAUUUGUCAUGUAAAAAUAGUUGCUCUGUUACUGAGUCUUUGGUUUUUCUUCCAAGAGAGCAGCCUAGGAGAAUUUCUUACGGUUUGGUUAAAAAACGGUCCGGGUUAAAUUAAAUUAGAUGUUGGGAAAUAAUCUUGAGCUUAGGGGCAAAAAGCAUGCUUAAUUGCUAGAUACAGCAAGCAGCCGCCUAGCUAGAGCGAGGUGUAUGUUAAACAACCAUGGCUAUAUGAGUUUCCUUACUUCCAUUAUAUUGGUUAAUUAUGACGAACCUGGAUGCUAUGUAAACAAUCAUCAAUGCGAGCAAGUAAUGCAAUUUGUGUCGAUAUUAAUUGUCAAAAUUGUGCUGAUCAAAUUUUGAAUAUACUCUGUAAUAAUUUUUUUUUUCUUAUGUAUAAAUCAGAUCACCUACAUGUAUGAGCUAAUAGCUUCGAAAUUAGUCUAUUCAUCCAUCAAAUCAGUUUUAAUAUGUAGUAUUGUCUUCUAAUGCACGAGCUACAGAAAGCUUGUGACAACUCCUAACUCCCAAGGCAAUUGUUUAGGCCAAACAAGCAAGUGAUGAUGUAACAUAUACCCCCAUCUCACUACGUAAUACAUAUAUAUGGCCUCUAUUAUGUGAUUCUUAUCCAAAGUGCAAGGGUUUUUGUUUAUACAUAAUUAAUCACGCACACUCGUGAUUUAUCAUACUAGUAAUUUUUUUUUUUUUUUUUUUUUUUUUUUUUUUUUUU